GUAAUUGGUAGUAUUAUAGUUAAUACAAUUUUUUUCUGAAUUGGAAUUCUGUUUACUUGAUGUAAAUAUAAAAAUGAAGCGAAUUAAAAGUCAUAAAAUAAAAAGAGAGAAACCAGAGCCGUCUGCUUCUGCCUCGCGAGAUCAAGAGGAGCAUGAUUUGGCUUAUUACAUACAUGAUCGGGUUGAGUUGGUGCACCAAAUUUUCUCCUCCAUCAAACCUAAGGAUCUGAAAUCUAUGACUCCUGAAUGCAUACGGCAUCUCACUACUGAUAAUAUAAAGGAACUGUGUACUGAGGAGUUACUAGGCAUAAGUUCAAAACGCCUAUGUGCAAUACUUGAUGGUGCCCAGCCCCCGUCUGACACAGAAUCGUCGAGUCCCUCUCUGUCUCCAGACCAGUUGGAAACAAUAUCCCUUGACAGCAUCUCAUCUGAUGAAGAUAUACUCAGUCAGACUAGCAGUAAAAAGAGUAAAAAGCAUAAACAUCGACGGCGUGAGUCUAAAUCUAAGAAGAAGAGUAAGAAAAGCAAACAUAGUGAUGAAGAGAAUGAAGAGAAAUCUAAAGCUUCCCGUGCUGGAUUAACUGUAUUGGAGUUACUGGAGUUACAAGCGAGGGCCAGAGCGAUACGUGCACAGUUGCAGCAGGAACAGGCGGCUAAAAUAGCCAUAGAACCUGCACCAGCAGCCACAAACAACUCUGAUUCGUCAACCGAUGAAGUGGAAGUCAAAGAGGAGCCUGCUGAAAUUGUUGAAAUCAGCAGCAGCGAAGAUGAAAAACCACAGAUUAACAAUGAAAAAUCUUCCUCGCCUAGCAAAGUACCAGAUAGGACGGACAACGCGCAAAAAAUCAUAAAACGAGUAAACGAUCUUGUAAUUACAGUUCCACAAAAGAAGAAAACGAAAAAAAUUACAUUAAAACGAAGCAAAGUUAUACCAGAGCCUUCACACUUGCUUAUAAAUACAAAUAAUGCUUCAAGUGUAGAAACAGCUGUUGUAGUUGAUAAAGCGAGCCAUGUUAUUGGAACAUCAUCUACUACGCGUGCCGAAACUCUAAAAGGAGCUGUUAACGUUGGAGACAAAGAUCUGAAAUCUAAUGAAAAGCAAAAAAGGAAACCAAAGAAAAAGAAUAAAAAGAAAAGCAGUGAAAAGGACGGAAGUGAUCACGACGAAAUAACUUUGCAACUAUCUGAUAGUGAAAAAAUGGAUUUACUUGAAGAUUUGGAUCAUAAAAAUUAUGACAAAGUUUCUAGUUCGAGUACAGAAGAUUCUGAAAGCAGUAGUUCAGAUUCCGAAGAGGAACGUAAUUCUAAAACUACUGCAGUGAAUAAGAAAUUUGAUAAUAAUAAGCAAAAAACUAAGUCUUCGUUAAAAGAGAAGGUAGAAAAUAAUACAGUAACAGUUGAAAUACCUGGUACGUCGACAAAAACAAAUGAAAAGGAAAUAAUCGAUAAUUCUGUAACAACUAAUGAAAGCAUAAUUCAGAAGGCAAAAGAUGUUAAUAAUCUUCAAAUAAAUUCAUCUGAGAAUGAAAUGGCGGAGAUUGAUAGACAAUCAGAAUCAAAGAUUGAAUUGUGUAUUGAUUCAGAAUUGUUAAGGGUCAAUGAACAAUUAGACGCCAAAAUAUGUGAAGGCGAUAAUAACGAAAAACAAACUAAAGAUUUCACCAAUGAAACAGAAAAAAUAAAUAAUGAAAGUGAAAUUGAAAAUAUUGAAUCCUUUUCAACUCAAAAUGACAAAGAUGUCUCUAAUAUAAAUAUUACAGUUGACAAGCCUGAGGAAUCGGACAAAAAUGUUAAAAAUAUUCAACAAGACAACCUUGAGAGUGUUGAUAGAAAUGGUAAUGUGGAUGAAAAUUUCACCCAAAGUGAUACCAUCAAAGGAGGUGUUCAGGAAACCGCAUCAACUUCCAGUAGCAUUAUUAGAAAGGAAUCAACAAAAAACUUAUCUGAUGGUGAAUUAACUGAUCGUGAUAGUUCCGAAGUAGAAGCUGUAGAUUUAAAACCCGAAGUCGUCUGCAUAUCAGAUGAAGAAACAAAUCACAGUCACAAGAAAAAGAAGAACAAAAAGAAAGAAAAAAAGAAUAAAAAGGAAAAGAAAUCAAAAAAGUCCAAAGCGGAUUUUCGUGAAGGCUGUGAUCAGAAUUUUUACGUUGAAUGCCCAGAAACUGAUGUUUUAGACAAUUCGGUGUCUGUGGAUAAUAGAAUCAUAGACAAAGAUAAGAUCAAUGAAAACCAUAUAGAGCAAAAUGAAAUAUUGAAUAAUAAAACACUAACAUCUAGGUGUGAUGAUGAUGUCUACGAAAUCUUGGAACUAUCUGAUGACUCGUCUUGUUAUGAAGUAGAAGGAACCGUUUUAUCUAAGGAGCCUACAGCAGAGGAGAUAGAAGCCUUAUCCGCCAAAAUAGACGAAAUAGAAAAAAGACAAGAGGUAAUUACCGAUGAAGAAAUACGCGAGCACGAAAGAGCAGAAGCUGAGAAAACCGAAGGAAACAAGAAUGAUGAAAAUGUUGAACACAUUUCUUGGAAAGAUAGAUAUUUGGAGAGUAAAAAGGUAAAAAAAGUAUUAAGCACGUCGAAUAUAUUAAACGCAUUGAGAAAGAAGAACAAAGAAUUGAAAAUAAAGCUAGAGGAGUCGAGAAAUAAAGAGCUAGAAGUAGAUGUACAAAAACAAGAUGUAGUUGUAGAAUGUAAGAAAAAUUUAGAAGAAGGAUCAAUUGAUCAGUAUCUCACAUUAGAAGGAUCUACCAAAUAUGUAGAUCCUGUUAAAGAAACUAUACCUGACAAAGACGUACAGAAUGACACACAAAUGGAAGCAACAGAGAGCGUCGUAACUAGAGAAAUGAAGAAGGACGCGAAACAGUUAUUGAAAAUGUAUAAAAGAUUAAUAAAAUAUAAUGACAUGAACAAGGAAAAAAAUCCAAGUAAAAAGAAGAAGAAAAAGCAAAAGAAAAAAAAGGAGGAACAACCAACACUUGUGAAUAGCGUAUAGAAACAGUAAGACAAAAGAGCAAAGAAAUAACUUAAUAUUUUCUAUUAAAUUUAUUUACA